AUGAAACCGGUGUGGAAAGGAUUUCCUCGAGUACUACCAACAGAGGGCGCGUCUGCCCUUAACGCUCGUCGUCGUACACUAGAUUGUCUAGCUCCGGCUGCUAUGACACGUCGGGGAGGUUCGCUCCGCGUACCUAAGCAACCUCAACUUCCCGAAAAACCGACUAUGGCUUUCUGUAGACGAAGACUGUCAUGGCCAGAAGUAGAUAAUUCUGUGAAUUCAGGGGUGCAAGAUACAGAUGGUUCAUACUUCGAGAGCUUCACGGCUCUGUCCUGGCGUCAGGAGAACAGGCGGCUGGCUGCUCUGAGGCUGGCGGAGGCUCGAGCUGAACGUCCACCACCUGCACCCCACGAUCUUGGCCUGCCAAGUGUAUCCGCGCAACUCUCUCAUAAGGAGCACGAGCAUUUGUAUACAGAGGUGUUAUAUUCUAUCGAGAAUGCUGUUGGCGCGCCGGCACCUGAUGGGCAGUUUGGUUCAUAUAAAGGGGAGGUUAUAGAAUAUGCCCGUAGAGCCUUCCACGUUCCCAUGGAGGUUCAUGCUCGUGCUCUGAGAGCGGCUGGCAGCGAACGACCGCCGACUGUUGUGGUUGGAUGUGGUGUCAUCGAAGCUGAUGGACUUGAAGCCAAAGAUGCCAAUGGUUUUAGCGAUCCAUAUUGCAUGUUGGGCAUACAGCCAGCGUCCCUGCCAGCCUCGCCUCGUGCCUCUGAAGACGAAGGUCGUAAACACGGUUUCCGUCUCAGCUUCAAGCGGCGUGACGGCCGCCAACAGCGUGACAGCCUCGGAAGACUUCCCGCACGCUACAUCAGAGCCACAAGCGUACGACCUCACACUCUCUCACCCAAAUGGAAUGAGUCUUUUAAAUUUGACAUUGACGACAUAUCAUCGGAUGUUCUCCAUUUGGACAUCUGGGAUCAUGAUGAUGAGAGCUCCGUGCUAGAUGCUGUGUCACGACUGAACGAAGUGCGCGGGGUGAGGGGACUAGGCCGGUUCUUCAAACAAGUUUGCCAAAGUGCACGUCAGGGUAGCCAAGAUGACUUUCUUGGGUGUGUCAAUAUACCAUUGAGGGAGAUACCAUCAACGGGAAUAGAAGCUUGGUAUAAGCUGGAAGCCCGGUCACAGCGUUCAUCAGUUCAGGGACGGAUCAAACUUAGACUGUGGCUGUCAGCUCGGGAGGCUGGCAGACAUGAUGAUGAUAAUUUUCAACAGGUGCGUCAACAUGAACGACUGUUCGGCGUGCUGUUAGCUCAUGAAAUAGAAACUGCCGCUGCGUCAGGUACUGAGGGGGAGCGCUGCGAGUGGGAGGGGGAGUUGUGCAGCGCUGCGCAGACUUUACUGCACCAGCAUGCUAUCCAGGGUGACUUGAGCCCACUGCAAGCAACAAUAGCCCGUUUUGCAGCUGUUUGCAGACUCAACAAUGAAAUUCCUAUUGACCCGAAGUACAUCAAUAAAUUGCUGAUCGAAUUAGAGCGGGCUUGGUGUGUAAGUGAAGGCAUGAGUGGAGGUGGAAGCGGUGACUCUGGAUCAGCUGCAACUCAUGAUGAGGAGCGCUGGCUCGCUGACUGCUUCCGUCAAUUUGUUGAACGCGCUCUUCAUCAGCUUCGUCUGCACAGAGAUCUGUACCCAGUACUGCAUCACCACAGCAUUAACAAGUUGGAGUUUCUUCUGCGCUGUCUUAACCAACUGGCUCAAAUGAAAGCUUUCUGGCGUUGUUGUCCUUUCAAUAAAGAAAUCAGGGGAGAAAUAGUAAGCGCAUUACGUAAGGGCACCGCUGAGUGGUAUGAAGCAUUGUGCGCCCAAGAUACUGACUCCGAACGGGGGGAAGACCUCGUCAACCUCAUCACACUAGUUCAGAUAGAUCUACAACAGGGGCUAACAUAUUACCACCCUAUCUUUGAAACAACUAACAACGUACCUUACUUCAUAGUCGUUUUCACGCAAAUCGACAAAAUGGUGUCAGAGGACGUGCGUCAAUGCGUCCAGCACUGGGUGGCAGAAGGCUGGUGCGGUGUGGCAGAAGAAGAGGUUUACGACGACGAUGGAAACGGAAUGUGCGUAGUAUCAGCUAAGACACUACCGUUCGAGGUGUUAGCAGCUGUUCGCGAGCUAUGUGCUGCAGCGACCCCGUCUCCAACCAUGCACGCUGCACACGACCCUCCACUACAGCUUCUAGAGGCAUAUCAAUGGUUCGAGCCACUUAUUGAUCGAUGGCUGGCUGUCACUAAAACCAUGGCGUUACAACGUGUACGAGCAGCUGUUGAACUAGAUCGAGCUGUAGAGGGGGAGCACAUUGUGAAACAUAGUACAUCAUCAGUCGAUACAGCUGCUUGCUUGUAUCACAUGCGAAUGGUAUGGCGUGCCAUUGGCGGAGCCGAAGAAGGUACGGUGGGGGGCACUGUACGACUUCUAGAAGCUGCCUGUGCUUCAGCUCUUCAUUACGCUGAUCUGGUACACGGAGCCCUGGCUGAUCAAGGCUAUUAUGAAAACCAUGGGCAGAACAAAACAACAGAAGAGAUAUGCACUAUCGUGAACAAUUUGGAGUACGUGAGGCGUUCUUUGUCGGAAUACGACGACGAGCACAUUGCAAACGACGAUAACGCUCGUCAACUAGUUCGUGGUGCGUUGGGCACAUUAGACGCCCGUGCUGCUAGAGCCUCCGCCCCGCUCUCAGCUCGAGCCAGACCACCACUAAGAAAAGCUGUGUUCCAUUUGGCCUGGUCACCUGAUACAUUACCUACAACACAGGCUAUUGCGCCGCUGCUGGAGUUUCUUGAUCAGCACCUAUCAUCUCUCAACACCUGGUUGCUUCCACGUGCUUUCUGCCGAGCGCUAGCUGGUUGCUGGAGCGCCGUGCUGAAGGAAGUCUCCUCUCAGGCUGAUGCAGGAGGAGCAGAGAAGCCUCGCGUGUACCAUCACAGACUGAGAGAGGCACUUGAUUUGUUGGCGGAAUUCUUUCACGCAGAAGGCAAAGGUCUGCCUAUGUCCGAAGUGCAUAAUAAUGAGUGGGGGCGUGUUGAACAAAGGAUGCAAUAUCACCAGGCUCCCACUGAAGAGUUGUUGGAAUUGUGGCUAGCAGAUCGUUUAUUGGAUCAAUCAAGGACACCAAUGCCUUCGCCGUACGGAUCGAUACUUGUCAGAGUUUACUUCAACCACGACUCUCUGUGCGUGGAAGUGUUGUCUGCUCGGGACGUGAUCCCGCUCGAUCCAAACGGCUUGAGCGAUCCCUUCGUUGUCCUUGAACUUCUACCUAAAAGACUCUUCCCUAAAACACAGGAGCAGGUCACGAAAGUUCAAAAGAAAACCCUAAAUCCGGUGUGGGAGGAGUGCUUCGAGUUCGACGUAUCUCUGGAGGCAUGCCGCAGCCAGCAGGCGGCACUGGCAUUAUCAGUGUGGGACCGGGACGUGCUGACUGCUGAUGACUUCGCUGGCGAGGCGUUUGUAUCCCUAUGCCGCAUGCCGGGUGUUCAUUCACACGCGCCCCCUGAUCCAUUGCGGGCUCUCGAACUACCAUUAAUGCAGCUGCAUGACCGAUGUCAUCCUAUUCUACAAAUAUUGGAGACAAGGACAUUGGACAAAUUGGCUAUGGAUUUCGUCAAGAAACAAAAGUUGCGUUUCGCAGAACAGUAA